CCAGUCACUGUACAAAGACGCUCAGAUGACGGAAGCUACCAUCGCAACGACUGCAACCGGAUCUACAAAUCUCGGACGAGUUUUCACAUGAGACGACAAGACAAAACAUUGAACUAAGAACAUUUUGUAGCUGUGUCUUGCCGAACUUUCAUUCGUCAAAACGCAAGAGUCCAACAACAACAACAGUCUAGAAAGCAGUAUAUUUUUGGACCGGUUCGGCGAAGACUCGGGAACAGAAGACCAAUUGAAAAGCUGUCCUAUGAUUUCAUAAAUUCUGGAGUUUUAAAUCGUGGGUAAUUAUUUACAUGCUACACCGCCUGAUUCGUUCACCGGUAUCGACAAGCAGCGAUGAAUAAAAAUAAGCGUCUCGAGAAAGAGAAAGCCACUCAGGCAUAUGCAGCUCUUGGAAUUGGUUUGAUCUGUGUGUUUUUUGGUAUUCCGCUUUGGUGGAAGACAACUGAGGUAUACAGAGUACCGUUACCUUAUGAUGAAAUUGAAGCACUGACCGAUACCAAGCAUUAUUGGAUGCCAGCUGCCAAAACUAGCCUGUCACUGGUUCAUAUAUUCUCAGUGGCAAGGGUGUCAAAUAUUAACAGUGCUGGUGCUAUAUUAUCUGAAUACAUUGUUUCUCUGCAACAAGCAACAGAAGUGCAAAAAACCGUCUUAGAAUCAGCACAGACUAUCAGAGAUGCUGACAGCAAGUUAGGAGAAGUUCUGUUUACACAAUCUUCAGGAUAUCAUGUAAUUUUGCUACCUGAUGACCAUCCGCUGAAAGAGAACACACCUUACCUAGGACAGUUCAAUGUCAUCUUUGUUUGUUCAAUACCAAAAGAUGUUGUAGGGUCAAGUGCUAAGAUAGCCAGAUUGUUCCACAAUGUUCUUAGUCGCCAUCAUCCACUUGAAAGACUCUACGAGGCUAGUGCCGGUCUUAAGCAACUCAAGCCUGACAAAGAAAGCAUGCGAUCACUGCGGUUUCACACCCAUUAUGACAUUACAUUCACACUAUUCAGUCGACAACCAGAUAUCAUUGAUGCUCGAUGGGACAUGGAGGAAGGUGUUCGCUUGUACCUGCAACCCCUGUUGGACAAGCUAAAGGAUUAUGUGGAUAUCAAAGUAAAAUCUCAGACAUUAUUCUAUCCUGGGUUUUACAUAAGACCUCAUAAAGAUUAUGAUACUGGAGAACAUUUUCUAGAUCUGCAGAACCUUCCUCACAUGAUAAAUCCAUUAGAAACCAAACUUGGUUUUCAAGCUUCCAACAAUCCCAAUUUAAAUUUCAUUGUUUAUGUACCAACGCGAGACCAGAGCCCGAUGUACAUCAGAAACAACAAAGGGGAACGAGAACGAAGCAAUUCCUUCUUGAGUCCACGUUGGGGUGGCAUCCAUAUUUAUAACACACCAUCUCCUGGCCCAAAUGAUACCCUCCCUAUGCGAGUCAAUAUUGAUCUGCAUCAAGUUAUGCAGAUAUUUCUGACUCAAAUUCGAAUGCUUCUUAAUCUCCAGGUUCGCAGUUCAAAUGUUACUUUUUCUCCUAUUGGUUCUGCUGGGGUCACCGAAUGGGAGCUUGCUGGUUGGUUACGAUCUCGAGCUGUUGAAAAUAUUGUGAGUUCUACAUCAACUCUACAGUCACUAGCCAAACUACUUGGUGAGAUCAGUAAUAUUGUAAUUAAGGAUGCCAUUGGAGAAGAGGUAAAAUUGGCAGUGUCAUCUAUUGAAGAAAGUAUUAAACUCUUAGCGGAAGGCAAAGAUGACAAAGCGUUUUUUGCCUCCAAAAAAGCUGUGAUAUCAUCAGAGAAGGCCUUCUUUGACCAGUCACUCUUGGAAUUACUCUAUUUUCCUGAAGAUCAAAAGUUUGCCAUUUACAUUCCACUGUUCCUGCCAGUUAGUAUACCAGUCAUUAUUUCCACAUUCCACGCCAUUAGAUGGAUGAAGCGCAAAUGGAGUGGGAAAUUAGGUGAGAAAAAGAAAGCCGAGUGAGUUGUGCUGAAAUCCUUCUAACGAAUGUAAACCAAUUAAAUUAUUAACACCAACCCAUGUACAUACUUAAUGAACAAAUUCAAAUGACUUCAUAUGAAUUCUCGAUUGUCUCUCACUAUCGACUGAUAUAACGUUCUGAGUGAUGGAGGUGCUGUUUGUUGGGAGACAAGUGGUUAAAAAGACCAAAAAAACUCCCCCUGAAUAAAAAUGAAUAAAAAACAAAAAAAAAACACUAAUGAAUAAAUUCUCUUAAAAAA